UCGAAAAUUACCCAUACUCCGGAACGGGCAUCUUGCCUCGUCUGGGAAUAUACAAAUGGCGUCACUAGAAAGGCUUGAAGUCUAUCUGGAUGGAAGCCCCGACCAUGUGUUUACCACGGGCGAAACUGUGCACGGGCGAAUCAUGAUGGUUGUGGGUCGAAGCUUGAAAAUUCAAAGACUCGAGGUGCGUGUUCGCGGUCGGUGUCUGGCGGAGUGGCAGGAAGCAUCGGAAGAUGGUGAAGAAAGACAACUGUAUGAAAAGGAGGAGUACAUCCGGAAUUCUAUAACUGUUCUUGGCAAAGUCGCGAGCACGGACGGACGAACGGACACCCCGCAUGUUGAGUUUGUGGACUCGGGAACGCACGUGUAUUCAUUUCAGUUCCAACUACCCGAAGAUGUUCCGUCCUCUUUCGAAGGUGUCCAUGGCUAUGUUCGGUACUGGGUAAAGGCGAAGUUGUAUGGUGUCUGGGGGCUUCUUGAUCAGUCAGGCAGGGUGGAAUUCAACGUAGAGAAGCCCUUAGAUCUCAACACCAUCCCGGGGGCUAUGGAUCCUGCUGAGGACGAAGACUCGUGUGUAAUAUGCGGGUGCUGUAUGAACCAGGGGUCGGUGACUGCUUCUCUACGUAUUAAUAAGCGAGGAUUUGUUCCGGGAGAGUCGAUUGUUUGUGACGCGUCUGUGUUGAAUGGAUCCGAGACAAGUAUUCGAGCCACAAAAAUUAAGUUUUAUAAGAUAAUAACUUACGGGGAUUCACCUCUUGAGUCGGUUACGCGUGAGAAAACGACAAUUUGCGAAGUGAUUCGUGGAAAACUAAAACCAGGUCACGAGGAAUCGUUCGUCAGCGAGUAUCUGUUACUACCUCCGUCACUUCCGAUGACGUCACUUCCGGGGUGCUCGUUGAUUGAUGUCGAUUACGUAAUAGAGCUUAAAGUUGUGGCGUCACAAUCCAAGAUGAGCAUAUGCUUGCCUCUUUUGAUUAUUGUCGGCAGCAUCUCUACAGACGAAAACCUGUUAAAUGAUAAGAGCGAGGGCUUUGAGGCUAUCACGAUGCAACCGUUAUCAACCAAUCACUUUAAGACAGAGGAAGCGUCAUCAGAUGAUCGACCUAUUUCCAGUAUUGCUCCAAUGGCGACAGAGCUUGACGAACUAUAUCCACCAAUCAGAAGUCAGCUUUCAUAUAUAAACGAGGAAUCCCCAGAAGAUGAAAAUGGGACACCAUCGGACCAGGAAAAUGAAUUAACUGUGUUUUCGCCAUUGAAUGAAGAUAUAGAAGCUGGCGCAACUUUAGGAAUUUCUAUUUUUCAAAGGGAGAAAACACUUGAAGAGAUAUAUAUCAUGAAAAGGCGUCCACGGGUUUUGAAAAUAAUGGCAGCCGUAAAUGAAGGGACUACAUUUGAUGACGAAAACAGUCUGUGAUGUGCAAGGUCCACUCUUGAUAUGUAUAUAAACCGGUCGAUAUGACCAAAAAUAGAAAAUAUAGAGGCUAGGAGUUCGUAAUUGUACUUUUUGUAAUUCUAAUAAUUUAGAAGAUGAAUAUCAUUUGACAAACUGAGAUGAGCUCAGUGUAAGUGACUCUUUGCGGUACCAGAAUAUCACGUCAGAGUGGGUUCUACCUUGGGAGUCAUGAGGGUCCAACG